UCCAGAUGAAUCACACACCUGUCAUGUGCACUAAUUUUAUCUUGCAGGCUUUUGUUAUGCAGCUGCAGAGUCUGAAGGUGUGCCGCGUGCAGAAGUGAUCGAUGAAGAUCUGACAGAAGACCAACAACAAAAUCACCAUGUCAUGGAGGCUGUGGACCGCAUUUGUGUUGGACAAGGUGGCUUUAGGAAGACACGUUUUCCAAAACCUUCAAAAUAGGCUGGUGCAGUUCUACCAACAACAGCCCUUGGACCUUGAUCAUAUUGAGUUCCUCUGCGUGAACGCAUCAACUCUAGUCUGUUCUCUUUCUGCUCAUAUUAAUGUUCCAUCACUGGUAGUUGAAGCUCUUCACCACCUCAUCUGCCUCAUCCAUUCCAAUAUGGAUACAAGAAGGUCUGCCAUUGUUGUUGACAGCUCAGCUGGUGAACGGGGGAGGGCAAAGCUCUAUGUUUCCAAAGACCACCUCAAAGAUCUAAAAAAGAUGGACCUCUCCAUUCCUUGUAUCUCCAAGCUUUUGGGCAUAUCGCAGAAAACAGUCCGACGAAGAAUUGAAGAGUGGGGCCUCUUAAUAACGGCAACCUACAGCUCACUAUCAGAUGAUGAACUUGACAACUUAAUUGCAGCCAUAAAACAGGAAUCGAAAUAUCUGGGCUACAGAAUGGUUAAAGGAUGCCUCAGGCACUUGGUCCACAGGGUGCAGUGGAACAGAGUAUGGGAUUACAUGCGUUGUGUUGACAGUGCUGGAAUCCUUGAAAGGAUGGCAAAUCUUGGAUGUGUUGUGACACAGCUGCUGCUCAUUGGCCUCAUUUACCACCUGGGCCCAGUCAUCAAUCACCUCUCUGAGGUUAUAUAA